GUAUUCUAGAACGACAAUCCUUUUCAUUUGCAUAUGUGAAGUGUGUGUUAGUUUACCAAACUUAAUAGCCUCUCAAGGUACUGUGCCUUGUUUGUGUUUCUCUCUCUCCCACCCCUCCUCCCUGCCUCCAGAUUGAUAUCUUAUGCAAAGGACUUUUUGAAUCUGAGUUGCAGCCGCCAUUCUGGGAAAGACAAACCUGCUACUCAUUUGCACUACCUCCUGAACUCAAAACUUACCUUACCCAGGUCCAGAGAAAGGCGAAUUUCUCCUAAAAAAAAGAAAAAAAAAAAAAAAAAAAAAAAAGGGUCUGCUCUAAUCAUCCUGUUUGAAGACAGAAGAGCAUCACGAGCAAACCUAUGAACCGAGUAUUUUCACAACUGGGACUAUGACAGGCAGACAGUAAAGAGGAAGUGUGGAGAAAAGCUACACGAGAUGCGAGCUGUGGAAACCUCAGAGAAGAUGGUUACUAACUGUGCACGCUGAUCAUUUACAGUGUGGAUGCAACAGCAAAGAAAAAGAAGCAAUCUCAGUGCUUUUUUCCCCUGUUUUUUAUAUUGUUUUUCAAAUGCAGAGGAAACAUAACAGUUUCUAAGGUACCAGAGUCAAAUAUGGCCCUAAGUGUUCUCAGCAUAUUCUUGGGGUUACUUCUUGAAGUUUCGACACAUGGACCAACGGGUAUACCCAGGACUUCUUGGAAACAUCAAGAGGUAAAUCUUAUACAGUUCACUGAAACAGGAAUAUUCAACUAUUCUAUAUUAUUGCUAAAUGAAGAUACAAAUGUAUUAUAUGUGGGAGCAAGAGAAGCCAUAUUUGAACUAGACAUGGAAAAUAUUUCUGUUAAAAAAAAUGAGGUUUUCUGGAAAGUUCCUGAAGAAAAGAAAACUGCUUGUGUAUUGAAAGGCAAAUCUAGAGAGACUGAGUGCCUCAACUACAUACGAGUCUUGCAAGUACUGAACGAUGCCAGCCUCUAUGUUUGUGGAACAUAUGCAUUUCAGCCCACAUGUGAUUACCUGUCUCUGCAGGAUUUUAAAUUGGAAAAUAAAAAUGAAGAUGGCAGAGGGAGAUGUUCGUUUGAUCCAGCUCAAAGCUUCGCAUCAGUAAUGGUUGACGGAGACCUUUACUCUGGAACAGCUUUCAACUUUUUAGGAAGUGAGCCAAUUAUUCACAGAAGCUCUCUACAGGUGUCCUUGCGGACAGAGUAUUCAAUAUCUUGGUUGAAUGAGCCCAGUUUUGUUUUUGCUGAUGUGAUCCGAGAGAGCAAAAACAGCCCAGAUGGUGAUGAUGACAAGAUCUACUUUUUCUUUACGGAGGUGUCCGUCGAAUAUGAAUUUGUUGGCAAGCUCUCUAUUCCCAGGAUAGCCCGGGUCUGCAAGGGUGAUUUAGGAGGACAAAGGACCUUACAGAAGAAAUGGACGUCCUUCCUUAAGGCCAAACUUGUCUGUUCCAUGCCGGAGUUGAACUUUGUCUUCAACGUCGUUCAGGAUGUUUUUAUUUUGAAGACGCCAGACUGGAAGGAGACCGUCAUUUAUGGUGUUUUCACUUCCCAGUGGGGGAAUGUUGGAUUAUCUGCAGUCUGUGCAUACACGAUGACUACUAUAGAUGAAGUAUUCUCGAAAGGAAAGUACAUGCAAAAGGCCUCUGUUGAACAGUCUCAUACAAAGUGGGUGAGAUACAAUGCCAUGCCUCCUAGUCCUCGCCCUGGAGCGUGUAUAAAAAACAUUGACCGGUUACAGAACAUAAGCGACUCUCUCCAUCUGCCCGACAAAACACUGCAGUUUAUCAAAGAUCACCCUCUGAUGGACGAUCAGGUGCUGCCAAUUGGGAAUGGACCAAAACUCAUAAGAAGAGAUGUGAACUACACACAGAUUGUAGUAGACAGAGUUCGAGCACUUGACAACAAUGUUUACGAUGUUAUUUUUAUAAGCACUGAUAAAGGAGUCUUACACAAAGCCAUCAUUUAUGACGAUGAAGUACAUGUUGUUGAAGAAAUACAACUGUUCACACAUUUUGAACCAAUUAAGACGUUGCUUCUAUCAUCUCAGAGGCAGAAGUGUUUGUAUGCUGGUUCAGAUGCUGGAGUUGUUCAGUCACCAAUUGCAUUUUGUGAAAAGUACAUGUCUUGUGCAGACUGCAUUUUAGCCCGGGACCCCUACUGUGCCUGGGACUCUGAAGACAACUCUUGUGUGGUCCAAGACCAUGAAAGCAGAAAAAGUAACCUUAUACAGAACUUAAAUGGAGAUGCAAAUGUCUGUCCACCAGCAGUAAAAUAUGUAUCCAGUGACGAUUACCAGAAGAUUAUUGUAAAGCCUAGAAAUGUAGCCGAACUCCAGUGCCAGCUUAAGUCCAAUCUAGCCAAAGUAGUUUGGAAGUUGAAUGGCACCGUUCUGUCUGUUGAAGACUCCAGGUAUCACCUGCUUCGAGGUGACAGUCUGCUCAUUUUGAGUGUCUCUGAACAGGAUCUGGGUAACUAUGAAUGCUGGUCAGAAGAGCAAGUGAAAAGCAGUAGCUUUGCCCAACUGGUGGCUGGUUUUGUCUUGAGCUUAGACUUGAGUGUUCCAUCUACAACAUCAGACCCCACCACCACCCCCCUCAGCCCUGUGAUCGAGACAGAAGGUAAUCCCAAUAUAGCAGAAUCCACACUAACUUCAUCACCACCAGGCUCUACUACUCCCACCACAUUGCCUUCCCAAACUGAAACAAAAUUAACCCCAACGUCAAGCACCACAGUACAAACAUUCCGGACGCUUCCUAUCCCUAUAUCAGAUGCUCCUAACCUUGAAACUAAAGAUCCUUCCACUGAAUACAUUAAGUCAAAUAAUAGCUAUGCCCUUUUGUUACUGUUUUUGCUCUUCUUUAUUCUUUUCCUGGCGUUAAUGGCUUACAACUGCUACAUGCAGUUCCUGCCACCCCCCUGCCUUAAGCUGCGUGCUGCUAUGUUGGGGAGCAACAAGAAGGCCAAGCCUGAAUACAUGGCUUGUGAAGCAGGCUUGAUAGAGCCAGUAGUGGAGAAGACUGUGCAGAGUGAGGCACACAACCAGAACGGAGCUCAGCAGAAGGGUUUGCGGGACACAGGUUAUGAAACGGAACCCGACUGCAACAAUGGCAAAAUCCCAACUGCUAAACACCUGGAAGAGCCUCAGGAGAGCAAAGAGAAGCCUUUCGAUGUCAUAUGUGAAUCUCAACCCAUUGAAUAUGCUGAUGCAGAUGUGCCUUUCUGAUGAACGCUUUGCUUGCCAGAGUUUUUACAUUUUUUUGUUUUAUUAGAUUUUAUUUAAUUUGGGGUUUUUUUUCUGCUGUGCUUACUGGCUCUUUCAGACCCAUGCUUAAUCUGGGUUAGAAGCACUACUUUUGUUCUUUUAUUUUUUUUUUGGGGGGGGGGGGGGGGGGGGGGGGGGGGAGACAACGUGUUUCUAACUUGUGUGACCCCGUCUUUUCCAUUCUAGUAGUAAAUCCAUAGGUUUAUAUUGUAUGAGAUUAAUUAUUAUCAAGGACUCAUUUCAAAUGUUGUGUUUUUGUGUGUGUUUUUUUUAAUUUCUACAACCUGUGUUACAAUCAGCAAUUUCUUUUUUUUUUUUUAAAUUUGCCAUUUAAUUUGAAUUCCAAAUUGGAAACUUAGUUUAUCAAAUUGGUAACUAACAUUAAUGUUUUCCAAAUUGGAGCAUGCUACUUUUUAUAUUUGUAAUAUAUUGGUUGUCACAUAGUUUUUUUGUAUACUGAAAUGUACCUGUGCGUCGUGCUGUAUUUGAUGCAGGUUGACUGGAUUAGUUUAGUUUUUUUCUUCUUUUUUAUGUAAAUUCUCAGGGAUGUUGCAAUGUUUCUGUUCAUGGCUUGCUACAUACAGUGCUGUUAAUAAGCUGCAGAUGCUGUUGCUUCAGUGCAUCCAGUCAUUGAAAUCACAAGGACAUGUUACAUGGGAUGAACAAAAUCGCAUGCUAAAAUAAAGAAAAAGUAGCCUGGGAGAAUACAAGUAACAGCAACUGAUUGUGAGCCAAAACCAUCAUGCAAAGGUUCUUAUCCUUUGAAUGUGAAGAUGCAAGUCAAGCCAGUGGUACAGUUCUUCCAAGCACUGGAAUAAACAAGUUUGAAACCACUACUGUUGGUUGCUUUGGGAGUUGAAUGUAUCGUACCGGAUAUUGCUAUCCCUUCUCAUUGAGGCAGAUGGUCUUCAUUAUGAUAAUCUGUGUUUUGUGUAGACUUUGAAAAUGUGUAGCGACAUGAGAAGUACCUCUGGACUAAAACACUGGAGAUAGACUGCAGUGCAAAAAAACAACAGGUGUGUAAACUGGGCCUUGCAGAACUGUCAGUCAUUGCCCACAUUUUGUCAUAUGUUUAUUUCCCAGUGUAAAGGUUUUGUAUUGUGAGAACUAACUUGAAGAAGGUAACAUUUCAUGACAUAAAUGUUCAGACAUCCUGUCAUGUACUGGAGCUAUUUGUCUAAAUCGGUGUAUAUAAAAGAAAGCUGAAAUGUCUAAAAUAAGUACAGUAGCUACAUGCCAUGAAUACAAUAAUUCUGUCAUGCGAACAAUAAUGUUGGGUGUUGCAUUUGACCCUGCCAUGGAAUAAAUAUGAACAUAUCUUA